CCAUGUCUGCAAUCCCAGGUAGAGCGACAUCUCGCUCUCACCCCUCACCUAUCAAAACCGUGGUGGUCUACAGGAACGGUGAUGCGUUUUUCCCCGGAAGGAGGUUUGUGAUCAAUCCACGCCAAGUGUCAUCUUUCGAUAGCUUUCUGAACACCGUUACUGGAGGAGUGGAGGCACCAUUCGGAGCUGUGCGGAAUGUUUACACACCUAGGGAGGGACACCGGAUUCAGAGUUUGGAGACUUUGCAGCAUGGAGAGAUAUAUGUUGCUGGUGGGACAGAGCGUUUCAAAAAAAUUAAUUACUUUCACAUCACUUUGAAGAAGCCCCAAAGAAAGAAGAGUGAUGUGAUAAAACCAGUGGUCCAUAGCAGAAUAAUCGUGCCUGCGCGGUGGAGGAAGUUUCUCCAUGAGUCAUGCACUAUCAAUGUUUUUACCAAUGGAGAUGUCUUGGUUCCUCCAGCUCGGAUACUUAUACCAAAGUAUACUCUAAGGAGCUGGGAGAGAGUACUGGCCAUGGUGACGGAGAAAGUGCACCUUCGCACUGGUGCUGUGCAUAGAUUGUACACAUUAGAUGGGACCCCAUUAUCCGGCUCAGUGGAGCUAGAGAACAACCACUACUACGUAGCGACAGGAGUGGAGAGGUUCAGGCUCCUACCAUACUCACACUGGGUACCCAGGAAAGGACUCAUCCAAGACAUCGGCCUAGGUGUCCACAGUGACUUUCUACCACCAGUGAUGAGGAAGGGAAAGCAACACACAAGAGAACUGUUUGCAGAUCACAGACAACAGGCAGACUCUGUGUUCUACCCCAAGUCUGAGAGAGAGAGAGCUGCCAUGAAGCAGCAGCCAGUCUCCACCACCUCAACCCCUCUCCUCCUCCUCUCAUCAGGGGAGGACAGUGUGUUCAAAGCCAAAUCAAGGAGGAGGGAGACGGUCGGGGUGGCAGAGAUACAAGAGGAUGGACAACUAACAGUGGACCUGCCAAUCGACCAGGUGGAGGCCAAGGUGGUGGAGGAGCAAUGUGAUGUCAUCAUGGCGUUGUCUCCUCAGCAAGACAGUGGUGGAGGUGAAACGUUCUGCUCUAUAGUACCGAAGUCAGCCAGCUCCAAGAAGGCCUCGACCAGACUGACCAGUGCCUUUCCUGAGCAGCCAGCACCCCAGGCCGGGCCCCCAGAAACGGGUCGAGUCACCCGAACCCUCACCCACUCCCCCGUAGGGACCAGCCCCAUCACACCUACCAGAGACACAGAGCCCCUACAGACACAUGGCAAGACUGAGCCACAGAAUGUAAAGAAAGCCCCCAAGGUGGCGGCGAGAGCAGAAGACACGAGACGUCAGUAGUCCAGCUUUACUUCAGUAUAAUACCCAAUAAACAUGUCCAUCUCAGCAGCCCACUUCAUUCAAGAUACUACUGUACAUAUCCAUUACUGUUGUUGUGCUUGUGGUGGUUGGGGUUGUUGUUGUUGUGGAUGUUGUUGUUGUGGUUGUCUGAGUCAAGAGACAUAAAUUAACCUGAGUGCCUGUGAUUACAGCAUACAGGUGAUUACUUUGCCCAGAGGCAUGCUUUUCUCUCUCUCUCUCUCUCUCUCUCUCUCUCUCUCCCUCUCCCUCUCUCUCUCUCUCUCUCUCUCUCUCUCUCUCUCUCCCUCUCUCUCUCUCUCUCUUUCUCCCUCUCUCUCUCUCUCUCUUUCUCUCUCUCUUUCUCUCUCUCUCCCUCUCUCUCUCUCUCUCUCUCUCUCUCUCUCUCUCUCUCCCUCUCUCUCUCUCUCUUUCUCUCUCUCUCUCUCUCUGUGUGUGUUGCAUUUUCUCUGCAGUAUUCAGAUAAAUGGUUUUGUUAUUUCUCCUAAUGCCUAAAUCAACAGCCAGAGAAAGUGUGCAUGUCUGUAAACGUGUAUGUGCAAAUGCGUGUGUGUGUAUGUAAACCUGUUUGUGUGUAGAGACAUAGCAAGGCCUUUCUUUAUACAGUACCUUGUCCUGUGAUGGGUGGCAGGUAGCCUAUCAGUUGGAGCAUUGCGCCAGUAACUGAAAGGUUGCUAGUUUGUAUACCUGAGCCGUGAAGGUGACACAUCUACCGAUGUGCCCUUGAGCAAGGCACUUGACCCUAAUUUGCUCCAGGGGCUGACCCUGUAAAACAACACAUCACUGCACCUAUCACAGACUGUUGAUGUGACCAUACAAUAGAAAAAGAUGCAUCAGCCGGCUGAUUAAAACUGACAUCAUCUAAUAAGCUGAUGAUAUUUAACUGAUGGGGGAAAAAACACUCUGCACACAUCUAUAGAUAUUAAAAACCAUGAGGACUAAUGAUGCAGAAAAUAAAGGUGUUGAUGUUUCAACCCCCAGGCUGUAUAUGUAGCCAGUGAUACAAAUCAAAAAUACAAUCCUGUGUGUGUGUGUGUGUGUUUGUGGACCUAGUGUGAAAAUGUCACCUGCUGAAGAUGUGAGGUUUAGUCAGUAGUACUGUAGCUCUAUUUUAACACCAGACAAGCAAGUGUGUAAUGUUAUUCAUCUUGCUAUUGUUUCACUGCCGGAUCCAUACCUAUAAACUAUUGUACAUUGUGUGUGUGUUUGUGCCUGUAAAUAUGUGUGUGUGUAAAUGUGCAUGGCUGUGUGCGUUUCUGAAGAGGGGACACGGAAAUUAGUGGUAGAGAACACUCUAGUUUAAUUUCAGCUCAUCACAAAAUAUAAUUUUGGCUCUUAUAGCAUGUCUGUAUAAUAUAAUGCCAUAUGACCUCAUGAACAUUUUAUGACCUUCUAACAGAGCUAAUCAGAGUAACAGCUUGUGUUCUGGUACAUUGUAUAGACCCAUUCUUUACUAGGGCUUCAGAGAGAGAGAGAGAGUGUGUGUGUGUGUGUGUGUGUGUGUGUGUGUGUGUGUGUGUGUGUGUGUGUGUGUGUAUGUGUGUGUGUGUGUGUGGUUUCUGUAGGAUAAUUAAUGUAUUCCCCAGGUUGUUUUCCUGGCUUCCAAUAUGUCUAGAAUAGAACACUGUAAUGCUCAGUGUUUAAUUCCUCUGUUUUAUCAGGGACCAUGCGAUCUAAUGUGUGGCAAAUUGCAGCCAUUUCACGAGGAUGACACGUAAUCAAAUGUGUAUUCAUUUGAACAAUUUGCCUGAUCAAACUGACUAAGGGUUAAUUGUUCAAGCGCACAGGCUGCAUGUAGAUGAACUCAAACUCCCACUUCCCAAAUGGCACCCUAUUCCCUACAUAGUGCACUACAUUUGAGUUCUAUGGGCCCUGGUCAAAAGUAGUGCACUAUAUAGAGAAUAAGGUGCCAUUUGGGAUGCAGGCCCUAGUCUAGUUAGUAUCAACCAGGAAAGGAUGCUACUUUAUAUUUAACAACUUCAAACCAGAUACUGUAUGUAGUGGAGUACAAUUCAAGCUAUUGUAUCUGGUUACUGCACUACAUCACACAGGUCCAUACCAUAGAAAUAGAAUGAGUUCUGUUAGUUCUCAUUUAGGUCUAUGAUCCACACAGAACUAGGUAAAUUCGCUUUUAGUUUAAACCAGUGGCUGGAACUGGUUCAGGGAGCAGAACCGAGAACCGGAAAAUAACAACAUUUUUCAAGGAACAAAGAUGGAACCGGGAACAAAAAAUGAUCCAUAACUGUUCCGGAAUAGAACCGUUAUUUUUAAAAGCAUGGGAACCGGUUAAUAACAUUAUUUUACAUUCCAGACAUUUUUUAUAGCUCCACAAAAAAAAACGCAACAAAGCGCCUAUGCAAAGCCCUCACUCAGUCACUCAGAAACCUAUUCCA